AUGCGUUUUCUCCGGAACAUCGGCAUCAGUGCACACAUCGACAGCGGCAAGACCACGCUGACAGAGCGCAUCCUCUUCUACACAGGCCGCAUUGCGGCGAUUCACGAAGUCCGUGGCAGCGACGGCGUCGGAGCGAAGAUGGACAGCAUGGAGCUCGAGCGAGAGAAAGGCAUCACCAUUCAGUCGGCCGCGACGUACUGUUCGUGGAAUUUGCGGGACAGGGCCGUUCUGCCUGCGCACGGCGGGCAAAUGUUCAACAUCAACAUCAUAGACACCCCCGGCCACGUCGACUUCACGAUCGAGGUGGAGCGCGCUCUGAGAGUCCUCGACGGCGCCGUCCUCGUUUGCUGCGGCGUCGCAGGCGUACAGAGCCAGACGCUCACUGUCGACCGGCAGAUGAAACGCUACUCCGUGCCUCGCCUGAUCUUCGUCAAUAAACUCGACCGCGACGGAGCAGACCCGCAGCGCGCUCUCACGGCGCUUCGCAGGAAACUCGACGUCACCACGUGUCCUCUCCAGGUUCCGAUCGGUCUCGAGGGCCGACACCGCGGCGUCGUUGACAUUAUUCGUCGGCAGGCGCUUUACUUUGAUGGUGCCUUCGGCGAGAAAGUGCGCGUGGAGACGGAGAUCCCCGCGGCGCUCCAGGCACCCCUCGAGAGCGCUCGUGCCGAGUUGCUCGAGACGCUGGCCGAUCUCGAUGACGCUUUCGCCGAAAUCUACCUCGAGGCAGAGGACGAGUGCACCCCGCAGCAAAUCGAUGAGGCGAUCCGGAGAGUCACCAUCCAGCGCCGCUUCGUCCCGCUCCUCAUGGGAUCGGCAAAAGGCAACAAAGGCGUCCAGCCUCUGUUGGACGCCGUCUGCCGAUAUCUACCAGCUCCCUAUGAAAUUCCUCAAGUCGCCUACGACCAAGACAAACAGGAGGAGGAAGUCUCGCUCCAUGCAGACCCAAAAAAGAGUCUGGUGGCUCUCGCGUUCAAAAUCCAGGAGCUGCCGGUGGGCCAACUCACGUACCUGCGUCUGUACCAGGGGAAGCUGAAAAAGGGUGACUCGGUGGUGAAUGUGUCGACGCAGAAGAAGUCUUCGCCGAUCAAGCGCAUUUUGCAGAUGCAUGCAGACGAAGCGCGAGAAGUCAGCCAAGCAGUCGCUGGGGACAUCGUGGCUGUGAGCGGUUUGGAGUGCAACAGCGGCACGACGUUCACCUCCGACGCGGCCUCGCGACUCUCUCUCAGCUCCAUGUUCGUGCCCGAGCCGGUCGUCUCUCUCUCAGUGAACGUGAAGAAGAAAGACGACCAGCAGCGCUUCGCCAAGGCUCUCAAUCGCUUCCAGCGAGAGGAUCCCACCUUCAGGAUGACCGUCGACGAGGAGUCGAAGGAGACGCUCAUCUCUGGGAUGGGCGAGCUCCACUUGCAGAUCUACUUGGAGCGGAUGAGCAGAGAGUAUCGGCUGACUGUGGAGACCGGGGAACCGAAAGUGAACUUUCGAGAGACGGUGACGCAGAGAACUGCCUUCGAGUACACGCACAAGAAGCAGUCAGGCGGCGCUGGCCAGUACGGAAAAGUCGAGGGAUACUUUGAGCCGAUCGCAACCGACAGCGAAGAGAUCGAUGCAAACUCCCCCAUCGAAUUCAGGAGUGAACUGGUGGGUAACGACAUUCCGCCGAACUUCAUCCCGAGCAUCGAGAAAGGUUUCCGAGAAACUGCGAAGAAAGGCUUCCUCUGUGGACACCCCAUCAUCAACAUGCGCGUCGUGCUCAAAGGCGGGAAGGCCCACGACGUCGACUCCUCAGAUAUCGCCUUCCGUCUCGCAGCAGCAGGCGCCUUGCGGGAGUUUUACGAGGCCGCGUGCCCGAUUGUUUUGGAACCCAUCAUGUCGGUGCAAGUCACGGUCCCCGCGGAGUUCUUGGCGGCGGGCUUGGGGACGAUCAGCCGCCGAAAGGGGACAGUGACGAACACUACUCGGCAAGGAGACACAGUUCUCCUCGAGGCCGAAGUGCCGCUGAAAAACAUGUUUGGCUACAUCACGGACCUCCGCUCCUGCACGCAAGGCCAAGGCGAAUUCACCAUGGACUUUGAUCGCUACCAGCCGAUGCUGUCGACCGAACAGGACGAACUGCGGGCCGCCUACCAAGCGCAACUGCAGAAGGGGGGGAAGUAG